AUGGUGUCUAAAGCUUUUCUCCUCUUCUCAUUUGUAAUCCUCCUCCUUUCUCUCCUCUCUCAUUCAGUUUUAGCAGACAACACCAAUGACAAAAAACAAUCACCAUUUGAGUUCAUCAACCAUCUCCAAGGUUGUCAUAAAGGCGACAAAGUUAAAGGCACCAAUGAGCUCAAAAAAUACCUUGAAAAGUUUGGUUACUUGAACUAUAGCUCUUCCACGAAUCUAAAGCAUGCGAAUGAUGAUGAUUUUGAUGAGCUAUUAGAAUCAGCUAUCAAAACCUACCAGCUUAAUUACCAUCUGAAGGCAACUGGAGUUUUGGAUGCCAAAACUGUAUCCAAAAUGACAAUGCCUCGAUGUGGAAUGGCAGAUGUUGUCAAUGGUAAUACUCGGAUGCGGUCUGGCCACAAAAGGCAAAAUGCCUCUAGCCAUUUCCAUAAUGUCGCUCACUAUGAAUUUUUCCCCGGAAACCCUAAGUGGCCAGCAAACAAGUACCAUCUCACCUAUGCAUUCCUUGCAGGGACCCCUGCGGAUGCCAUGAACCCUGUUUCUAAAGCUUUCACAACAUGGGCUGGAAACACUCACUUCAGAUUCUCACGGACUCAGGACAUCGGAAACGCAGAUAUUACGAUCAGUUUCCACAGUGGAAAUCACGGAGAUGGUAGUCCUUUUGAUGGGCAGGGUGGAGUCAUAGCUCAUGCUUUUGCCCCAGACGACGGCAGGUUCCAUUAUGAUGCGGAUGAGAGAUGGUCUGUGGGUGCGACACAAGGUGCAUUCGACUUGGAGACGGUUGCAUUGCAUGAAAUUGGGCAUCUUCUUGGACUUGGGCAUAGUUCAGUUGAGGGGGCUAUCAUGUUCCCUUCUAUUUCUGCUGGAGUGACAAAGGGUUUGCAUGGAGAUGACAUUCAAGGCAUCAGGGCUUUAUAUAAUGUUUAAAGAGUUAUUUCAAGAUUUCCUACCGUGAGAAAAGAAUAAAUGAGAGUUUUGGUACCGAAUAAAUGAAGGGGGAAAGAGAGUCGGUUAUACUUUUAUUAUCAGGAAUGGAGACCAUAUACACUAGUAAAUGAUCACCAUUGCUUUAUAUUUUAUGUUUUUUGGGUAUUGCAAAUGUGUUCACUUAAUUUAGAAGAACGUCUUGAUUGGUCCUCACAUAAAUAAAAAAAUGAUUCAUGUUG